CAGAUUACCAUCCAUACCUACCCAUCUCUCCAUCUUUCCAUCCUACCUGCCUACCUGCUUUACCUACCUACCAUCCAAAUAAUUUCUUUGUAAUUUUCUUUUCUUUUAAGUUACUUUUUACUCUAACUUCAAAAUAAUCUCAACAUUUACAAUACUACAAAAAAAACUUCAGAAGGGAUGAUCCAACUAAUUAACGCUACUUAAAAAAAAAGGGUUCCUCCUGGCGACUUACCUAAGGUCUGGAGCCGCCGCAGGAACUUUGCAAUUGCUUCUCUUACCUCCCCACAAGGGCCACGGGCCACAACGAAAUGGCGAGUAUCGACAGAUACCGACCUCCUCAACGAGAACCGUACCAAUUUCCACCUGCACCUUCUAGCAAAAGUAGCCUUAAAAGUUCUUCCAAGUCGCCAUCUAGGAGACGUGACAUACCUCCCCCAGUCCCUUCACCACCUACGAACUCGUCGCGCACAUCACCCCCGAGACCACAGUCGCGACGAAGCGCGCCAUCACCCGACCCCACACCAACCAGAACACCGCUCACCAUGACGAAUCAAUGGUAUUUUACCCAGGACGAGGUCCUCAGUAGCCCUAGUAUUAUAGAUGGAUUGUCGCCGCAAGAAGAGAGGCUAAGGCGAGCAAAGGGCGUCAACUUCAUAUACCAGGCUGGCAUACUACUGGAACUUCCUCAGACAACCCUCUACGUUGCUGGCGUGUUCUUCCACCGAUUUUUCAUGAGACGUAGCAUGGUGGAGGAAAAACACGGAAUACACCACUACAACAUCGCUGCUACUGCGCUCUUCUUGGCAAAUAAGACGGAGGAGAAUUGCCGCAAGACUAAAGAUAUCAUCAUCGCGGUUGCAAAAGUCGCCCAAAAAAACGUUAAGCUCGUUGUAGAUGAGCAAUCUAAGGAAUACUGGAGAUGGCGCGACAGCAUCCUUAUGUUUGAGGAAGUUAUGCUGGAGAACCUGACCUUCGAUCUCAUGGUUGAGAGCCCACACUUUAAACUAUAUGACCUCCUCGGCCAGUUACAGUCAAUCCACAACAAGAACCUGCGACAUGCAGCAUGGGCGUUCUUGAACGACUCGUGCUUGACUACGUUGCCACUUCUUAUGGAUGCACGCGACAUUGCCAUCGCUGCCAUCUUCUUCUCCAGCUGCUUCACCGGGGAGCGAAUAGAAGACGUGAACGGCGAGCCAUGGUGGAAGGCGCUAAAUGGAAACGAGGAAAAUUGUGCCAAGGCAAUACUUGUCCUCAAGGACUUCUACAUUGAAAACCCCUUACGCAAGCAGGAGAAUCCGUAUUCGCAGUCUCCUGUCUUUAACCUCGAUAGUACUCGAACAAGACCCGAGGACAUCGAUAUGCGUUCAACUAACGGCACCCCUAGAACCGACAGUGCUACCCAGAGCCCCAAGGGCAAAGUUAGCAGUGCCGACGAAGCAGCAGCGGAAAGAGAGGUCGAUACCGCUGCGGCCGAGUCUGCUUCUCAGGCCGCUCCUGGGGAUUCAGAUGCCGUCUUAAAAGAAGCUGCUAAUAACCCAGGUAUACACCCAGGAGCUAACGGCACCAAGCGGAGAGAAGUCGAAUCACUCUCAUCGGAGAGCCGGGAGCCGAAACGACAACGUCUUAGCUCAGAUGACGAUGAGGGUGAGGUGUAUGAAUAG